GCAAUAACAAUGAUUAAAAAUGUAAGGACUCGAUAAGAGAGAAAAUGGAGAAGUAUUAAUCUGAAAAUAUUAAUUUUAAAUAUGAUUGCAUACCAACGAAUAUUAAAAAUGCUUUGUUGAUUACUCAUGCAGCUGGUUGACUAUUUUCAGUUUUCCAUGUAGGCACAACUGGCUAUCACUUUUUUUAAAUGAUUAAUGUCAUGGAAGUAGAAAUCUGUAGUUCAACCUCUAUGGUAACAUGAAGUGUAACUGAGGGUUAGUAAACUGUACCCAAGUAUUUCUGAAUAUACUAAAAAGAGCUUCCGUGGCGCAAUUUGUCUGCCAGUUACAACGUAUCAGGAUAAUACCCGAUAUGGACUUUAAAGGAAAAAAAUGUUAAUAAUUUGUGUGAUCACAAACCAUGUACAGACUACUUGAUUGGCCCGUAGAAGUAUUCACGUGAUAACGUGGGCAAAUCACAUUUACGACACAGGAACAGGUACUAUCAGCAACAGUGUAUUCAGCAGCUUUUCAUAAAAGCCAUAUGAAAAACGCGCCAAAAGUUGAUUACAAAUAUAGAAAUGAAAGUGAUAACGUGGAAUAAAAUCAAAACAAAUAUGACUACUGUCAAAAUUGCAAACAAUGUGAAACUUACAAAGAAAUUGACAACAAACCGUUAAACACAAAAUUUAGCAAAAUAAAAUUUUGUAGUCGCAUGGAAAACACAUUUUGCAAGGCCACUAUUGUUGUAAUCUAAAAAACAUUUCUCUUCUCCUAUACCGAUUUUUCAUAUACUAGGUACUUUGUUUCAACUUCUUCUUUAUAUUUUAGACAAAUCAAAUAAAAGCGACUGAGAAAAUAUUGAUUCAAACACAUACGAUAAGAAAUAACAUUGACAAAGUAAACCCCGUGCGGAAUUUCUUGUUUACCUAGUGAAUGUCAGCCGCAUAUCAUAACUGCAUAUCCUAACCGCAUAUCAUAGCCGCAUAUUAUAACCCCAUAUCUUUAAGUUUAAAAAUGCUUACCCAAAUAGAAUUUUUACAAUGGAAGAAGAAACGGACGUCAACAUAUGUGGUUUUCUUGUUAAUGCAUUUUCUUAUUGGCUUAGAAUUGGGUUGCGUCAAUGCCACAUUGUGGAUAUAUGUUUCAACUCUUCUCAAAACUGACAACGAUGAAUGGUAUUAUGGCUUAAUAAACGCUGCAUUUUUCGUUCCAUCUUUAUUCUGUCCACUAAUUUUAGCAAGGAUUGUUGAUAAAAUACGUCGAAUUAAAAUAUUUUUAAUUGCGAUGUUAUGUUUAUCUAUUAUUGGUAGCAUUUUAUAUUCAAUUCCUGUGUCUCCACUGUAUCCUUUAAUUGGAAGAUUUUUAAGCGGAUUUACUAUGGCUGUGGGUCCACUUAUAAUUUCCGAGGUGGCAAGAUCUUACACAAGUAAAGAAUUAAUGCAACGAAUACCCCUGUUAAACGGAAGUCGAAUGUUUGGUUACGCGUUUGGUCCUUGUAUCUCGUUAUUUUUUACGAAAGUUGAUUUCUGGAUUGGUCAAAUACAUAUAACAUACGCAAAUAUCAUUGGUCCCAUUCUAAGUAUAUUUGGCGUUAUUUCUUUUUUUGCUGUUGUAUUUUUUACGCAUGAUCUAUCUCGAGAAUAUGAUAUGAAGUCAAGUAUAAUGGAAAAGACUGAACAAGAUAACUACAAUUUUUCUACUUCUGAAUCGACACUGGACGUAAUUAAAAGGAUGUUACAAACUUUUGAUACACUGCUGCUUAUCAUCAUUUCAUUAUUUUUUGGUGUCGUUGAUCAGUUAAUAUUUCGUGUAUUUCCCCUACUAAUUAUACAGAAACUAAAUUUUAGCUAUACUGGUUUGAACUUGUCGCUUGUUGCUCUUUCGUUGUUCAACACAGCCCUUAUCAUAGGUUUGGUAUAUUGGAAAAUGUCGGACCAUCAGAUCUACUACACUGGAGUAUUGAGUGUCAUAUCAGUAAUGAUAACAACUUCUUUGCAGCUUUUAAUUUACCACAAAGUUGGAAACUUAACUACUUUAUAUUUUCUGAUAUCAUUAACAAUAAUAGGUUCCGUCAUCUUCCUUCUUUCAGAUCAAACAUUUGGCGUAGUUGUAUGUGCAAGGCUGGCUUCUUCGUGCAAUCAAGGUUUUAUGGAAGGUGCGCGGUUGUUUUCUCUCCAAAGUGGUCGAAUUAUUGGAGGAGUGUUCGUUGGGACUUAUUAUGAUUUUAUGAAUGCAUUUUAUCUUGGAAUCAAUAUUGUAUCAAUCCUGUUUUUGUGCGCCAUCAUUUCUAGAAGAAAAACACUUUCAAGUCCGGUACCAGUUAUAUAAUGAAUUGUUACAGACAUUCUUUGAUAGCAACAUAGAUUUUUUGAACAAGGUUUAAUGUUACAUAGAUUUCUGCAUGUUUAGGCUCAACUUUUGCUUAUUUUUUGCUCGUUGAUUAUCAACUUAAAAAGACCACAUUAUGUUUUCUUGCCCAAUAAGACUGAUGCAUCAAUUAAAAUGGCUAACAUAAAUAUUAGAAGAAACAAAUUCUUACAAACUAUUGCUAUUUUUGUAACUACUACUUUUUUUUGUUUGUUUAUUUGUUUGCAAUAAGAAUAGCGAAAACGCUUCAUUUUUUACAUUCUGCACGCUUUAGCUUUAACGCGUUAUAUACAAACGAGAUCAAAGUUUUUAUAAUAAUUUUUCUGAUUGGUUUUAUUUUCAACAUGUACUGAAAAUUCAAGAACGCUGUGUUAUCACUUUCAAAUCAAUUGCUAGACUA